UUGAGGAAUUUCCUUCAUUUUACACAUCCUUGUUUGCCUCUAUGCAAACAUCGAACUAAGAACAGCAAAAAUGAGUCUCUCUUCCUACCUAUUAAUAAUAACUUUUUCUUUGCUUUCUCAAGGCAUUUUCCUUUCAGCAUCGAAGUCCAUAAGAAAUUUAGAAGAUGACAUGGUAUUUAAUACAUUUAGGCUGGGGAAAGCCUUUCAGAAGGAAGAUACUGCAGAAAAAUCAGUCGUUGCUCCUUCCCUGGAACAAUAUAAAAAUGAUGAGGGCAGUUUCAUGAACGAUGAGGAAAACAAAAAUUCAAAGAAUGCAGGAUCCAAACAUAAUUUCCUAAAUAAUGGUCUGCCACUGAAUCUGGCUAUAAAACCUUAUCUUGCUCUAAAAGGAUCUGUAGCUUUUCCAGCUGAGAAUGGAGUUCAGAAUACUCAAUCAACACAAGAAAAGAGAGAAAUGGGGGAUGAAGAAAACUCAGCUAAAUUUCCUAUAGGAAGGAGAGAUUUUGACAGUGAGUAGUCUUUUCAAAUUCAAUUCUUGUA